AAGCAGUCCUGCCUCCUCCAACCAUGGCUCCCGGCACCAGGAGCCAGUGGCGCCUGCUGGCCCUCGUGGUGGCCACAUGCCUGCUGCAGAGCCUGUGCGUGGCCAGGGAGGUGCCCUCGGCUCUGCAGGCCAAGGAGGACCUCGAGGGACAGGCCUCCGAGUCCAAGGCGGUGGAGGUGAAGGACCUGCAGGCUGAGGGAACUCACCACCAUCACCACCACGACCACCACCCGCACCACCACCACCACGACGAGCACCACGAGCACGGUGGCGGCCACAAGCACCACGCCGACCACCACCACCACCACGGCCACAAGGGCCACAAGGGACACGACGGCCACCACGAGCACCACCACGGCGACCACGGCCACCACGGCCACGAACACCACGAGGGCCACCACGACGAGCACGGCGGCCACCACAAGAGCCACCACGACGAUGCCGGACACCACCACCACCACCACAAGAAGGGCCACGGCCACGACAGCGGCCACCAUCACCACCACGGCGGCCACAAGAAGGGCGAGAAGACCCACGGCUUCCACCACAAGCACCACAAGGACGAGUUCCACAAGGAUCACAAGUUCUACGACGACCACCAUCUUGGAGGACACCACGACAAGCACGGACACUUCCAUAGCCACCACGAGGACAAGCACGGAGGCCACAAGAAGGGCGGGCACGGCGAGCACGGACACCACCACCAUCACCACGGCAAGCACGGCCACCACGACAAGGGGCACCACGACCACGACCACCACGGCCACAAGGGCCACCACGGCCACGAGGAGCACCACGGCCACCACGAGCACUACGGCAAGAAGGGCGGCCACUCGGAGGGCAAGCACCACGGCUACAAGCACCACGACGGCGGUCACCACGGGCACCACGGCCACCACCACUAGGGCCCCGCAGUAUGACAGUUCCCUUCCUCAAUACCUUGUUAUUUAUUUGUCGAUGUUACUUCGAUGUGUAUUUCAAAACCAAAAAUAAAUAAAUAUACUGACAAACCAG